AUGUCCUGGAUCAACCCAUAUUUGGACGUGCACAAGGAAGAUGGCACAAUCCCCCAAUGAAAACAUUUGCGUAUGUCUGGGAUGAUGAAUUCACUCCUGGAGUUAGCAUCCUCAGUAAGAGUGGAGGAAAGAAAUAUAUUGUUUACCUACCCACUGGUACUAAAAUCAUAAUAGAACAGUCAUAUGGCCACUUCAUCAAUGUCUAUGUAACUGGUGGAGCUGGGGACUUUGACAAUACAGAGGGUCUAUGUGGAACAUUCAAUGACAAUCCCCAAGAUGAGUUGAUGAUGCUUGACGGAUCCAUAUACCAAGGACCAGGCAGUGAUCGUGGUGGCCAACCAAAGCUCUUCAAUCAAGAAUGGAGAGUACCAGAGGCUGAUAGGAUAUUUGGAGGUGUGCCGAAGACAGGCUGGCGUCCUCCAAUGGUGUGUGAGUGCCAUGAGCUGGAGGAUAACAAGCCUUGUGGAUAUGACUACAUCACUGAGCACUGCGACCAGAUAGAGAAAGGUACAAAAGACAUCACUGACAGACUCCCCAUAGUGAACAUGGAAGACUUCCAGGGUGAUGUUCCAAAGCAGAUGCCUGUGAUGAUGAGAAUGCGGGUACGGAGACAAGCAGUGGAUUAUAACUCCACAGACUGGGAGGGACCAAUCAACAUUGAUGAGACAUACAACCCAGAGAACUCAACUUGGGGCCCCGUAUGGGAUGAACAGGAGGCCAAAGAAUUCUGUGAGAGAUACCUAAUUGAGGAAUCGGAAUCUGGCAGAAAGUGUAAUGGACUUACAGACAAUGUGCUUCUUGCCUAUGACAUCGCUGCAUGUGUGGAAGAUAUCAAGAUCAUAGACAACACUACAUGGGCAGGAUCUGCUCUAGAGGCUCUGAAGGAUCAAUGUAGAGAGGAGCUGAACCAGAAUAUGACAUAUGCUAAUGG